AUGACUACGCCGAUCUGCAUUUUUUAUUACGUCGAAACAAAAUGUAUACGAUGGUUCAGGAACAAGUACAAACAACAGUCACUCUUGAGCAUCGUAUUCCGUAGCCAGUACAUCUUUCAUACCCUUACGUUUUUAGUUGAACAACAUAAUAAGCCUUCUUAUUCUGUGCAUUUUUACCGCUCUAAUAUGAGUGAAUUUACUGACUAUAUUGCUGAUCCUCUAUUAGAUUAUUCAAUACAAUCAGAAGAUUCUGAUAUAGAGGUCGAGGACAGUGAUAGUGAUGUGAUGCCAAGAAGAAGAUCGACAGCUGUUCCAUUACAGUAUUCCAGUGAUUUCGAUAGUCUGAGUGAUAAUGAAAUGUUUACAGAAUCACAUAGUUAUAUUGAAUCAUUGUCAGAUGUUGAUAAAGUUCCUAAUGUACCAGAUUUUAUUGCGCAAUCUGGUCCAAAAGUUCUUCCUGCUAAUAAGCAAAGCAUAAAAGAAAUUGUGGAAAUGUUUAUUGGCAAUGAUUUAUUUCAAUUGAUGGUAAAUGAAUCAAACAUCUAUUAUCACCAGAAUAAGGACAAGUUGUGUAAGGGUAAAAAAAUGCCUAAGUGGAAUGAUGUUUCUCUAGCCGACAUGAAGAAAUUUCUUGGUUUGAUUAUAUUGAUGGGCCAAGUAAAGAAAGAUAGAAAAGAUGAUUACUGGUCCUCAGAGUUUUAUACCAAAACACCAUCGUUCUCCACGGUUAUGUCGCGUAACAGAUUUCGCCAGAUUUGGGACACAUGGCAUUUUUCGAGUAAUUCUACAACAGCUGGUUCUAAUAAGUUCGAAAAGAUUCAACCGAUACUAAGUUAUUUAUUAGAUAAAUUUAAAUCAGUAUACACUCCCAAAAAAGAGCUUUCGCUUGACGAAUCCAUUAUUCCGUGGCGUGGAAAAUUGUCUAUAAAAACGUACAAUCCAGCAAAGAUAGUAAAGUAUGACCUGCUUUGUCGUAUGUUAUGUGAAGCCAGAAGUGGAUAUAUUUGCAACUUGGAAAUAUAUUGUGCGGACGGCAGAAAACUGGACCAAACUAUAAUGUCGUUGCUCGAUAAAAAUAUAGGUUUGGGAUAUCAUGUAUACAUGGAUAAUUACUAUAACAAUAUUCGUACCGCAGAAUUGCUUCUGAAAAAUGGCACACGAGUUUGCGGUACAAUUAGAGCGAAUAGAGGUGUUCCAGAAUCUAUGAAGCAUAUCAGUUUAAAAACUGGAGAUUAUACAUUUAAAAGAAAAAAUGAAAUUUUAGUACAGGCAUGGAAGCCAAAACGCAAAGUCGUAUACAUGGUUUCUACAAUACAUUCGGGAGAACUAACAAACACAAAAAAAGUACAUUGGAAAACAAAACAAGAAAUUAUAAAACCUCAAUCGGUCAUAGAUUAUAACAAAUAUAUGAUGGGCGUAGAUUUGGCUCAUCAAUUAUAUGUUGAGUUCAAUGGUAACACUAUGAAAUAUCAGAAAUUUUUACAUGCUGUUGCACUUUUGUGGAUCGAGGAAUAUACAAAUACUCAAGAUGUACCGAAUGUUUGUGGCGAACAACCUUCUGUAUUAGUUCCUACACCUCGCACGCCAAAAUAUGAUCACCCUGAGAGACUAUCGGGUGAUAUGAAGAAGCACAACGUUACUCGAAUUAUUGGAUCCGGGAACAAAAACAGAUAUAUGAAGUAUACAGGCCAAGGCCUGAAUGGUGGCCGCCGGGAGCCUGGUGGCCAGUGCGCCCUGGUUGGAAGAAUAGGCGCCAAAGACGAAAGAUGGCGUCCGCCUUGCGACGGGCAGCAAAACUUCUGCCGCCGCCGCCAGCUGAUCGGCGGCACCCACAACGCGGCGGUGGACGGGGACGCGGUCGGGGAAUCCCUGACCGAAUUGCCUCCACCACCGCUCCGACCUUCGUGUACCACCUUAACGGAGCAUAGAAUCGAUGUAGGAAACAGCAGGCCAAUUAAACAACGUAAUUAUCUCAUUUCACCAGUAGUACAGCAAGCUAUUUAUGCGGAAGUAGAUAAAAUGUUAGAAGAUGGAAUUAUCGAACCGUCACAUAGCGAAUGAUCCAGUCCUAUCGUAAUGGUCAAGAAAUCGACGGGGAAAUAUCGUUGUUUAGAUUUCCGGAAAGUAAAUGAAGUUUCGAAAAAAGACGUGUAUCCCCUGCCGAAUAUGACUGGAAUAUUAGAUAAAUUACGAGCCGUGCACUAUUUGUCCACCUUAGAUUUGAGUCAAGCAUAUUUUCAGAUUCCAUUAGAAAAAGAAAGUAGAGAAAUCACCGCUUUCACAGUACCGGGCAAGGGACUUUUUCAUUUCGUUCGUAUGCCAUACGGUUUAACGGGAGCCCCUGCCACCUUUCAGCGCUUAUUAGAUAAAUUGAUCGGUCCGGAGAUGGAACCCUACGCGUUUGCUUAUUUAGACGAUAUUAUUAUAGUUACAGAAACGUUUGAGGAACACCUGUCUUGGCUAAGAAUAGUACUUCGGAAAAUUACGACCGCUGGUUUAACAAUUAAUCCGGACAAAUGCGAAUUUUGCCAUGCCGAAGUGCAUUAUCUAGGUUUUAUCGUCGGUAAAGAGGGUCUCCGAAUAGAUCCCGAAAAGGUAGCGCCGGUAUUGGAAUACCCCGUCCCGAAAAAUCUUAAACAAUUACGGAGAUUCCUAGGAAUGGGUUCGUGGUAUCGUCGUUUUAAUCCGCACUUCGCCACCAUAACGGAACCCCUAACGCAGCUAUUACGUAAAGACGUGCCCUGGAAAUGGGGAGAGGCACAACAAAAAACAUUCGAUUCCGUUCGUUCGUAUUUAACCACCGCGCCCAUACUGUCUUGUCCGAAUUUUUCAAAACCGUUCUCGUUAGCCACCGACGCGAGUACCGUGGGGAUUGGCGCGGUACUAACACAAGAAAUAGAAGAAAAAAAACAUGUUAUAGCAUACGCGAGCCGUUCACUUUCGAAUGCCGAAAAGAAAUACAGUACCACCGAAUUAGAGUGCCUCGCCAUAGUAUGGUCGAUCGAGAAAUUCCGUCAUUAUCUAGAAGGUUAUCGUUUCACGGUCAUCACUGACCAUAGUAGCCUUCGGUGGCUAAGGUCGUUAAAAAAUCCGAAUGGUUGA